AUGUGUAGAACACAUCGAUUUGUUGGUUGUGCACUGCUAGCAUUUCUGGACAGAGGCGUAUUGGGCGAUGCCGUCUCUGCCCCCAAACCGUAUAACUUCUGGAGUCGAGAUUCUGAUAGAGCGAUGAAUGCCAGCGGGCCUCAGACCACGGCAAAUGGCACCUCGUUGUACCCGGAUUCUAACUUCAAUGUUUCAGAAGAGUGCGUCCUUUGGGACAAUACAUGUCACGGCGACAAGCAAAAUGCGGCAUCUAUCUUCUUCGGAAAGACUUUAGCGGCCUUGUUGGAAAACGAAUGCUUUACUGUUAUAGACAGCGCUGUGGAUGCAGUCGUUGGGCUCAAUCAAAUGAUAGAUGAAGAACAGGCUCCCUAUGAUCCAGCCGAAUGUCCGGGCGGCAUUUCCGGCAUACCGCCUGCUACCUCAUCAAUGUGGUCAAGCCUGAAAGGCUGGAUGAGGGAGCCUGCGUGUGCAUCUUCCUCCCUGGUAUACGGGUCAGCAGUCCGCCAGCCGCCAGCACAAGACGCCAUCUAUGGUUGCUGCGGGCCUUGCGCGAUUGGUGGUCCUAAUGUUGACGUGUACUACUGGCCAUCACCCGAGGCCAACACUUCGUGCUUGAAUAUCAUUGGUACGAGCGUCAACCCACCGACUGAAGGCGCAACCACGGCCGGCGGCUACACAUACUGGGGCUAUACGCCUAUAGAUGCCAACAUAUACAACCAGAUUGUUACCACCAUUGUGUAUACUUCGAUUAACGGAAUUUACUUCAAAAUGCCGAUGUCGAACCCCUGGGAGUCUAAACCAGGCGCGAGCACCAGUAAUAACCCUGGAAUGUGGAGUUUGCCGUCAACGACACUUCCUAAUUGGAGCACGCCGAAAAUCCAACGACGGGCGGAAUCGUCGGAAGCAACGAUCCAAGCUCGUGCGAAUCCCAUUGCCAUAUCAAACCCGCCCCACGCCCCGAUGAAUGGAUCGAAGUGGGACACUAUAAGGAAUGACUCCUCCCCACAUAGUAUUGUUACGUCCGGCAGUCAUACUUUUACUUCUCCUUCCAUUUACGUCAACUUUUAUAGCCUGAGCGCAACUGAUUCCUGUGGGUAUCGAGGCAAUAACAUCAACUCUACGCUAGUUGCAUUUGCUCCAGGAGAGCUCUCGACCGUCGCGACUGCCAUGUAUCCCGCACUCGAAUCUACUAUUACUCCGGCAUCCAUCUACAACUUCGAUAACCUGCCAUGCCCGCCAAUGAGCGUCAUGUGGAGUCAGUGGUAUAAACCAGAACCUGGGGAGCCUUAUCGUCCCCUAAUCGUCUUUCCAUCCAAGCUUCUCGACAUGGAUCCUUUGUGGAAGGUUUGCACCCAAGGCUAUUUCACGGGCUACGAUCCACCGAGAACGCUCGAUCCAGCAACCGCGAUGGUACCUAAGGUGACUCCGCCGUCGAACCCUAAUCCAGAUCCAAGGCCAGCAACGCCUGCUGCGACACAAGAGAAUUUGCCAAAGAGGACCACUACACCCGCUGAUCCUACUAAGACGUCAGGUGAUCCCUCUUUAGCAAAGAGCCAUAGCAGUGGUGGCAUGCAAGUGGACCCGUCACAGCAAACAGACCCACUCAGAGGUACGAAGAAAGCUCCGGCCGAUCCUUCAUCGAACAAUCAAGGCAAUGAAGAUCUGCAGGGACAGUCUUUACAGGAGGAGCCUGCUUCCAGUGAUCUCAAGAAUGGUCCCACAAAUCAUGCGUUGCCAAAUAAUGCGGUCAACAGCGAUUUAGAUCAGCCAGCAAAUAACAUGCAUGCAUCCGGAGGGCCCUCAAUGGAGGAUGUAGGCACAGUACACCAACCACAGCCGCUUGCAACAUCAGCUCUAAUUUUGAUGACUGCUGUAUCAGGCAGUCAUCAUGUCUUAGCAACAGUUGAGGGCUACAAUAUUGACGGCGUAGAUAUCAGACCUGGCGGUAGCGCACCCGAUGUUAGGGGGCAACAGAUCGCUGUUGACUCGAGCAAUGAUCCUCAAAUUGGUGGUCAAACAGCACACACUGAGCCGGUAGUAUCCUUAGUGACCACCGCAAUCGCAAACCACGUGGUUACACCCUUGCCGAAAGGUGUCGCCAUUCAAGGGUUUACACUCAACAACGGGGGUCCUGCAACGAUCGUUGCCAGUACGACAUUCUCUGUCGACACAUCGGGCAACAUGUUUGUGAAUGGCCACUCCUAUCGUAUAAACAACGAUAGCCCCGUACCCAUGACGAUAAACGGGGAAGUAGUCAUACCUCUGCCAACGGGGAUAUCUAUACACUCCGCAACUCUCACGCCAAACGCGCCAGCUCUUGUCAUCUCAGGUACCUCUUACUCGCUUGAUUCGUCCAGCAAUCUACACUUUGGCGGCUCAAGCUACAUGUCAAUCGUCAAGAUCGCCGAUGUCGACCCGACUCAGGUAAACACAAUCGCUGGCCAGCCUGUAAUCGAGCUUGCAACGGGCGUUUCCAUAGCCGCCACAACGCCUAAAACUGGUGCUCCAGCAAUCCAGGGCCUGUCCGGCGUGCCCAUAACCCUAGACUCGUCUAAUCUAAUUGUUGGCUCUGUUACGAUACCCGUGCAGAACAGUUCUUCCUCGGGAUCUCUUCCGGAAUUGAUCUCAGGCGGGUUAUCUAGCCAAACAACGGAUGGGGUCAGUAACCCUGGAAAAAAGAAUGGUAGUAGUCUGCUGGCUUUUACGGGUGGCUCAGGAAGGCGAAAGCGAGACUUCAGCAUGUUGCUGUCAGGGUUGAUUGGGGCCUGGACUAUCAUUGUACUACUAAGUUCUUGA